AUGAAUAUCCUGAACCUGGCCCCUGGCCUGAAUAGCCUGCGUGACACUGAGGAAGGCGUAAGUGUGAAUGAUCCUAGUCACUCCCCACACUCAUCUCCCCAUGCGCUUCCUCUUGUUCGCCAUCAUCCGCUUUCCUACAUCCGUACCUACGUCCCCGGUUCAGGUGUGAAGGAAGCAUACGACAAGGAGAAGGGUGGCGAUUUGACUCCACUGCAUCAGGAUCCCGAGUCCCCUGGUUGCGUCACGGAACCGAGCGACGAUGCUCUCUUGGACGCUAACUCCAACCCCGAUCUUGGCCCAUCGGAGGAUUCCACCGUUAUCCCAGAUGAGAGCACUGUAUCCUCGGACACCUCAGUUCCCUCAUCCUUUACCCCGGUCGUCGCCCUUGCUCGUUUUCCAUUUAGGCACAUGAGCGGAGACUUGGCCAAGAGAACCUCGAAGGAGUUCUAUGACGGAGGGAAGUUCUGGAGACGGACUUGGGAUUUGUAUUACCUGAGUGUUCCAAAAGCGAUUAGUGAGGGGGCAUUGCUUCUCAUUCCCGCCAAGCAAGCCUUUUCCUUCAUUGAAGAGAUGAAUUCAACCUUGAAGAGCCAGAUUCAACUCACCGGCACGGGCAGAGAGGGAAUGGUGCUCACCUUUGGCAAUGACAAAAUCCCGCUUCCGAUGUUCCUUGGUCAAAGCAGCAGCGCCGAGAAGAAGGAUGAGCUGGCCCAGACUAUUCCCUCUUCCCGUCUUGAAUGGGGACUUUGGUCACACGAGCUUCAGGCUAUUGUCAUGGAGGCAUUUGAAGCAAACAUCCGGCUGUCCUUCGAUAUGAUCAAGAAGAAAGAUCUCAAAAAGGCUCAGCAAGUGAAGAAGAAGCGAGAUGCCGAAGGACGUCUAGGUCGUGCUAUGGCCUUCUUUGGUCUGCGACCUCUGUGGAAAGCAAACACGCACCAGCCUUCGUUUGCUAACGGCGAAAUUCAACCCAUCGAUCCCACGCGCACUGUCAAAUGGACUUACCAAGACUCGCCUAUCUUUAUCUGCGUCGAUAUUGAAUGGAAUGAGCGACAGAACUGGCAGCUGACCGAAGUUGGCAUCUCAACUCUGGAUAUGAUGGACCUGGAAGGUGUGGUCCCGGGUGAUUAUGGCGAGAUGUGGGCGGCCCGUAUCCGGUCUCGACACCUGCGCGUGGAUGAAUAUCGGCACUGGACCAACUCGGAGUUCUGCCACGGAUGCCCUGGUAGUUUUGACUUUGGCGAAAGCGAGUUUGUCCCAUCUGCCGAAGUUGGACGAAUCGUAGACAAAGCAUUCAAACCUCCGUACAUGGUUCCCACUGCAGAAGACCCCGCCUAUUGGUGGAAGCAUCAGAAGCGCAACAUCGUCCUGGUUGGCUUGAACCUGAAUGGCGAUAUCCAACAGCUCAGGAGCAAUGCAAGCCAGGUUUUCCUUGACUACAAUACCCCUCGGUCAAUCUUCUAUGACACUCUCGACCUGGCAGAACUAUACCGUGCCGAAUCUGGCGAGCUUCAGAAUCGAGGCCUGGAGAAUGUUCUGAGAUCACUGCAGGUCUUGCAUGUAAACUUGCACAACGGGGGCAAUGAUGCGCACUACACCCUGCAUGGUCUUGUGCGUCUGAUGAUGAAGGCUGCUGGAGAGAAACCGUGGGCAUAUGAGAAGGAAGAGAGGGCGAAGGAAUCCACGCAGCCCAAGGAGGAGCCCGAGGAAGAGUCCAAGAAGCCUCAGGAGAAGCUUGUCGGUGAAUUGACAGAGACCGAGAUCUGA